AUGAAUCCUCAAAAAUCCUUACUUAUCUAAACUAUCAUCCUCUUUUAAUAUUUAAUUCAGAAUACUGAAGCUAAUAUAGAAUAAAAACCCUGUAAGAAUGUAAUUUUAAGAAAAAAUGAAUUAUAUUGUGAAUUUGACAAAGUUUAAGCCUUUUUUACAUAUAAAAAUACUGAUAAUUUAACUAAUACAGAUAUCUAUUAGGCUCAACAAGAUUUAAUUUAAGUUUAAAGAGGACCCUAAUUAAUUUCAUAGGAUGAAAUGCUCAUUAUGAUAAAAUUCCGAGAACUUACGGAUCAAAAUGAGAUUUCUUCUUUAACAUACAAUACUAAACUAAAAACAUAUUCAAUAAAAUGUAUUUCAACAUUACCAACUUAUAUUAUUGAUAAUUAGUUCUAGUUUAACAUUAAUACUUAAUUUAGUUUCGAAAUACAAAAAACAGAAAACUUUAAUUGUUCUUAAUUUGAUUAUUAUAAUGAUGAUCUUAUUGUAUUUUGCUAUUCCAUCAAUUCAAUUAAACUGAUAUAGCUAUCAAAAGAAUCGAAUAUAAUACAAUAAACUAAUAUAUUUGAAUCAGAAAAUCAGAAUUUAGACUGCCUUUUAAAAUUUUACUUAUUUCAAAACACUUUUUUUAUAGUUUAUAUAUAAUGUUUAGAUUGGAAAAUAUAAAUUUAUGAAAAUAAUGCUUUAAAAUAAGAAAUUGAUCAAAAUUUCUUAAAAGAGAAGUAUAACAUUGAAGGAAAUCUAAUUGACUUUAAAUAAUGUUAAACUUGUUUUGUUAUGCUACUUUCAUCAGGUGGAUAUACAAUUAAAGAUGAAACAAUAAAGAGUUUGUUUCUUAUAUAAGAUCUAAAACUUAAUCAGAUGCGUGUUAUGUUUGAUCUAGAUUGUAAUCUAAAAUUCAUAGUAAAAAAUUUACCCAAAAACCAGAUUUUUUAUUCCUUCCCCAAAAAGUAUUAAAACUUUCUCUUUAAUAAAAAAGAUUUACCUACAAGUAUCUUUUAAAUAUCAUCUCCCCAAAGCUUAUUCGUUAUGUAUGGAGAUUAUUUCACUUUCUAUGUAAAUGAUAUCCUUCAAUAAACUAUAAAAAGACAAAUUUAGUAUUUGUCAUAGCUUUCUAAUUAAAAAAUGUUUAUUGGAAUAGAAGAUGGAAAUUAAAUAAUAUUUAUAUUGAUUAAAAGUUCAAUACCAUGUUUACCAUUUUAAAAUAAAAAUUAAUAAUUCUCCUAAUAAUACUAUUAAUUUGAAUAAAUUAAUAAUUUACAGAGUAUUGAGACUUCCUAUUUGAAUUGUUAUAAACCCAUUAUAAUCGACGAUGAUAAUGACGAAAAGAAAAAGGAAUAUCCUGUUAAGAUUGAUUUGGAAUAAACCUAUAUUUAUGCUGAAAGAACUAAUUAUGAGGAAUAGUUUGAAAUUUUCUUUACCAGACCAUUUAUUUUUUCAAUUAAACCUUAUAGAUUAACUUUAUCUUCUUCAUUAGAUUAAAUAAAAUUUAAAUAAAAGAGCAUUGAAGCAAAGUGCUAAUUUGAUCAUUAUUUUAAAAACUAUUAAGGGAAAUUUAUUAUUAAAACUGUAAAUAGUUAAAUUUACUCUCUAAUUCUCUAAGGUUCUAGAGAUAAUUUUGUUGAAUAUAACUGCAAGGAAAAAAAUAUUCGUUAGCAUUAAAAUUUAUCACCUUGGGAUGAAUAAAUUAUACUUUAAUAUGAAGAUUAGAUCACUCUUUUAUUUUUAGAUUAAUCAAGACAUUGUCUUUAUAAAGUUAUUUUAAGAAAUCGAGAUUUGGAAGAGUCCCCAAUCAAGAUGAUCUGUUUAGAUACAUAAAUUGAAAAAAUAAUGAAUUUAAACUACAUUUUAUUAAAAGUGAAGGAUUAACAUGUAUUCUACUAUUUACAAACUGUUAGAAAUGAAUUACAAAUAUUCAGAGUCUUUUCACCCAAAUAAUUAAAUCUAAAUUUUUAAGACAUUAUUUAUAUAAAGGAUGAUUUUUUUCUUGCCAUAUACAGUAAUUAACUGCAUGUAGUAUUCAAAGAAACAAUUACGCAAAGUAUAUUUUUAUAUAUUUUAGGAAUUAGUAUUAAUGGUAAAAUUAUAAGACUUAUUUCUUAAAGAAAGGGCCCCGAUCUUGCUAAUUUAAUGUUAUUAGAUAUAAUUAAAAAUGAAUUGUAAUUUUACCUAUUGACAUUAUUUGAGUUUAAUUUCGUCAGAAGUUAUGAUUUAGGGUUAUAUGUUCCUGUUUAACCUCUUGAAUUUAAAAUGAUGAGUUCUUAGUUUAUAAUCUCUUGCUAACAUAAAAUUAAUAAGAAAUUAUUUCUGUUAAUUUUCAACUCAGCAGCUCAAAUAUCUUCUCAUUUAUUGUAAUUAGUUAUCGAAACAAAAAGUCGAUAUUUUUGGAUUUCUGAAUAUUAUUUAUAUUAUUUUGACAGCAAACACUAAUUGGCUAUCUAAGAUUUGAUCUAUAUGUUUAUUACUAUUGAAAUAGAGGAUUUAGAAUUUACAAAUAAAAGUAGCUAGGAUGUAAUGGUGUAGUUGUAAGUGGAAUUAGAAGACAGUUAAAUUCCUCCAGUUAAGUAAGAUGUUUCUAUAACACUGUUAAAUCCAAGCAUAAUGAAGUUAUUCAAUAAAAAUUCUAUUAUAUUUCUUGAGAAUGAGAAUUAAGAGAUAAAUUUUAGAAAUAAUGUUCUGGGAAGAAUAGAUNCAGAGUAUUGAGACUUCCUAUUUGAAUUGUUAUAAACCCAUUAUAAUCGACGAUGAUAAUGACGAAAAGAAAAAGGAAUAUCCUGUUAAGAUUGAUUUGGAAUAAACCUAUAUUUAUGCUGAAAGAACUAAUUAUGAGGAAUAGUUUGAAAUUUUCUUUACCAGACCAUUUAUUUUUUCAAUUAAACCUUAUAGAUUAACUUUAUCUUCUUCAUUAGAUUAAAUAAAAUUUAAAUAAAAGAGCAUUGAAGCAAAGUGCUAAUUUGAUCAUUAUUUUAAAAACUAUUAAGGGAAAUUUAUUAUUAAAACUGUAAAUAGUUAAAUUUACUCUCUAAUUCUCUAAGGUUCUAGAGAUAAUUUUGUUGAAUAUAACUGCAAGGAAAAAAAUAUUCGUUAGCAUUAAAAUUUAUCACCUUGGGAUGAAUAAAUUAUACUUUAAUAUGAAGAUUAGAUCACUCUUUUAUUUUUAGAUUAAUCAAGACAUUGUCUUUAUAAAGUUAUUUUAAGAAAUCGAGAUUUGGAAGAGUCCCCAAUCAAGAUGAUCUGUUUAGAUACAUAAAUUGAAAAAAUAAUGAAUUUAAACUACAUUUUAUUAAAAGUGAAGGAUUAACAUGUAUUCUACUAUUUACAAACUGUUAGAAAUGAAUUACAAAUAUUCAGAGUCUUUUCACCCAAAUAAUUAAAUCUAAAUUUUUAAGACAUUAUUUAUAUAAAGGAUGAUUUUUUUCUUGCCAUAUACAGUAAUUAACUGCAUGUAGUAUUCAAAGAAACAAUUACGCAAAGUAUAUUUUUAUAUAUUUUAGGAAUUAGUAUUAAUGGUAAAAUUAUAAGACUUAUUUCUUAAAGAAAGGGCCCCGAUCUUGCUAAUUUAAUGUUAUUAGAUAUAAUUAAAAAUGAAUUGUAAUUUUACCUAUUGACAUUAUUUGAGUUUAAUUUCGUCAGAAGUUAUGAUUUAGGGUUAUAUGUUCCUGUUUAACCUCUUGAAUUUAAAAUGAUGAGUUCUUAGUUUAUAAUCUCUUGCUAACAUAAAAUUAAUAAGAAAUUAUUUCUGUUAAUUUUCAACUCAGCAGCUCAAAUAUCUUCUCAUUUAUUGUAAUUAGUUAUCGAAACAAAAAGUCGAUAUUUUUGGAUUUCUGAAUAUUAUUUAUAUUAUUUUGACAGCAAACACUAAUUGGCUAUCUAAGAUUUGAUCUAUAUGUUUAUUACUAUUGAAAUAGAGGAUUUAGAAUUUACAAAUAAAAGUAGCUAGGAUGUAAUGGUGUAGUUGUAAGUGGAAUUAGAAGACAGUUAAAUUCCUCCAGUUAAGUAAGAUGUUUCUAUAACACUGUUAAAUCCAAGCAUAAUGAAGUUAUUCAAUAAAAAUUCUAUUAUAUUUCUUGAGAAUGAGAAUUAAGAGAUAAAUUUUAGAAAUAAUGUUCUGGGAAGAAUAGAUAAUAUAUUUUUGAAUAAAGAUGACAAUUUUAAAUUAAGACAUCCCCUUGAAAAUGAAAUCCUUAUGAAAUGUUCAUAUUAUUGCAAUAAGUUUUGUUUUCAAGUAGCUACUACUGGAAAUUUGAUAUUUUUUAAAGUUGGAUAAUCUGAGAACAUUUAUUCAGCUGAUGAUUUGGAGCAUUAAAUUUAACAUCUAUUAUUCAUAGAAGUGAUAAGAGAGAAUUAAUUCUUAUUUAUUCAUUAAUUAGAUUAAGAUUCUCUUUCAAUUUCAUUAAUGAUGCUAAAAGAUCAAUUCUUUAAGGUUCAAAAAUAGAUUGACUUGUAUGCUUUCAACGCAUUAAAAGGAAUAAGAUUAGUGUAAAAUAUUUUACAUAUUUCAAAUUAUCAAUUUGAGAAGAAAUUUUUAAUUGAUUAAGAUGACAUAAACGAAUUAAAAAAUUCUAUUCUGAAUUGGGGCAGUUUAAUUGAGAAUAUAGAUUCUGAAACUUAUUUAGAAGUAAAGUUAAAUGGAAUCGAACAAAUUAUUUUAAUUAGAUUAUUUAAAAUUAUUAAUGCAUAGGUCUAAAUCUAUUAAGUCUAUGAAGUAUCUAUUUCGAAGUAUUAAAUUAGAGAUUUAAUUUAUGGAUAACCAUCUAGUUCAUCAUUUGAUUGCUUAAGAUUACUAAAAUUGAAUUUUAGUUCUAGCAACUAAUAACUUGAUUUAAGUAUAUUUUUUUUCAUCACAAAAUUUAAGGCUGUGCUCUUUUAAGUUAAUCUUUAUCUAAGGGAAUAGAAAUAUGAACUAAGUAUUAAUAAGAUUUUAAGGUAUCCUGAUUAAGAUUAAUAUUGUAAUUUUAUUUUGAUAGCUUACGAGGAUUUGAUCCUUUAGUGUGGCAUUACAAAUUAUUAUUAUGAUAUGAAAACUACUGAGCACAUCUAGGAUCCUAUUUAUUCAACUAAAGUCCUUUAACAAGUUGAGAUACUUAAUAGUACACAUUUUUUGUUCUAAGAUUAUUUUUAACAUAAUCAAACUGUUGUAUUAUCUGCUGGGAAAAGAGGAGGAUAUGCGUUAUAAUAAUUAUCUUAAGAUAUUACAUAUCCGAUUACUCUUGAAUUUAAAGUUAUUAGUACUAAUUAAAGCUAUUUGGGUAAAUUAUAUUAGAUUAUUAUUUAGAUGAAAAUGAUUACAUGGAUUAAGAGACAUUUUACCUUUAAGCCACUCAAUAACAAAUUGUAUAAAAUAAGUUUUCUUAAUUAAGUUUCUUUAUCUUCAUUUUGAUAUUCUUAAUACUUUUGAUUGCUAUUAUCUUUUAUUAUAGAAAAAAAUAAAUUCAAUAAAAAGAGUUGGGAAGAGAAGUCUAUAAAGAGAUUUCGUUAUCUACGAUUAAACUGGAACAUCCGUAAAAAAUUUGA